UGUGCGUUUUGGGACAAGUGAUCCGUACGCAAAGCCCUUAAUCCUAAUCAAACCAAUGAUGCAGAAGUUUGUGGCCGUGUUCUGCUUGCUGGCCUGGGCCGGUGCAGCUGUGGGGCAGGAAAUUCCACCUUACAUCAAGCAAUGUCGCCGCUCGGAUCCAGCCCUGACCGACUGUUUGAAGGAAGCUUUGCAGCAUCUGCGUCCCUACCUAUCCAGCGGCAUUCCCGAGAUAAAGCUACCGUCGGUCGAACCGUUCGUAAUGGAUCAACUGUCACUGCAGCUUACCGGAGGACCUCAAGGAUACCGGAUUAAUCUGAAAAACAUGGAAGUGUUUGGCGCUAGCAAUUUUACCGUCCGGUCAAUAAAGCUGGCUGACGGUAGCAAACCUUUCGAGGCACGAUUAACCAUUCCCAGGUUGACGAUCCAUGCGAAAUACACCAGCAGCGGUGUGCUGAUCAUCAUCCCCGCAAGCGGAUCUGGAGACUUCGAUGCCGUGUUUGAUGGUGUCACUGCCGACGUUAAGGGUCUGGUGUCGACGAACGAGAAACCUACGGGUACGCAUCUGCGCGUCGAAAAGCUCGAUCUUAACCUGUCGAUCAAGAAGCCCCGGCUCAGCGUAUCGAAGAUCUUCAACAACAAUCGUAUCCUGACCGAAGCGACGAACCUCUUCCUGAAGGAAAACGGACACGAGGUGCUGCGAGCGCUGCAACCGCAGCUGCAGAAGAAACUGUCGACCGAAUUCACUGGUAUUGCCAACCAGCUGCUCGAUAACGUUCCCAUUCGCUUCUUCAUCGUAGACUAG